CAAUACUCAUUGUGUUUACAACACCACUCAGCGACACGUUGCUCGUCCAUAUAUUCUUCCUUGUGUUUCAUCAACAGAGAUCGCUUUGUUGUUCAAAACAACACUUGCAACGAACACUUCUGUCCGAACCAAGCAAUCAUGUCGACUGCGGCCGAUAGAGAAGAACGGCAAGAUGGGAGCCAACACGCAGAAGAAUCUCUGGAGUUCACGGUGGAAGACCAUGAGGGAACCUUUGGUCGAGAAAACAAUGGUGAAAGCAGGAGGCCUACUCUGAUAGAAAUCAGGCCAUCUGGUAGGUUUCGGAGGAGUCCCUCCCCGAUGGAAAUACCCAGACCGACUAGGUCUGGCAGCAGUGGGAGAUCUGCCUCGUCUGGUUCCUCUUCCCGCCGAGGUAGCAGCCGGAGCCGCCACAGAUCACAACCGUCGGGGAUUUCGGCCGCCGCCUUUAUCGACGAAGAUGCCGUCAACCCUUUCGAAUGCGAUCUAUUCACGACUUCUUUUGCGAGUCUCGCCGAUGACGGAGAGAAAGACUUUUACAAACCCCUGCCGGUUGCCGAUCAGAUGGGCCACUUUGCCCGGCUUCCUCCGACCUUCAACGAUGACUUGCCGCUCGAGCUGAGCAUCGAACGUCUAGGGACACUGGUAAUGGGCUACGAUGACGACGAAAACGAUGAUUUUGACGUGGAAGCGCAAGCUCAGCAUCUAAAGAUACAAGAAAUGAUUGCAUCGCUCGGUAGCGACAAGGAAGUUGACAUAGAUAUAAUAAUGGACAGUGAGAAAUCAGAAACGUCGGAGGAUUCGGUGGAAGCGAACACGGAAACCAUUUUUCGAACGAAGACUAGAGAAGAAGAUGAUUGCACGAGGGAUCCUUACAGACGCGAAACAGCCGUCGGGGAAAGGAACAACAUACAGCACAAUGCAAAAAGGAUUAAAUCGAGGUCCGUGCUCACAGCUGGUCUUGAAUCUCUAAAGUACUUGUAUUCUCUUGUGCUCUUGGUUUUCUGUGUCGUCCUCGUUACGGGAGCCAUCUUCACAAACCAAACUGCGUCAACCGCAAACGGUUUCUCUCCGAUCGUGGCGUUUUGUGUGUUUUGGUUCCUGAUUCUUUGGUUGGCGAUGAUGGAAGGAGGACAGGGAGCACUUGUAGGUCUCCAACCCAUCGAUCGCAGCCGCUACAAAGAAAGCCAUCCCAGAACCUAUAUUAAUACAGGACUCACGGCGAAUGGGAGCGAUGGAUUGGAACGAUUCAUCAUUGGAAGACAAUUUCUGGUGGUAUUAGUGGUCUUUGUUUCACAGCUAGUGUCCUCUACUAUACCCAAUAUAUAUCUGUGGGGAUUGGGUGACACGGUCAAGGCAAUAUUUCUAGACUCUGGUCUUGCACUGAUGGUUGUGACCAUUGUCCUAGGGCAGUUGCUGGCGCAAUUGAACGCAGCGAAGUGCAUGCUUGAUUUUGUGAACAACUACUUCAUGCUGUACUUUGUCACAUACUUAUCUCUUCUCAUCGAAUUUUCUGGCCUCCUUCAUUCGGUCUACCUAGUUCAGAUGCUAUUUUCAAAAAUCGGAGGGGGUUCUGGAAAGGGAUCAUCGUCUCGGACUGUUGUGCAAAUCUUGUUCUUCUGGGCAAGGGUUCUUUUUUCGUUAGCGGUGCUGGGACUCGCGUUUGCGGUCACACUUUCGGCUUUGUUUCGAGGCAAAACUACCAUGUGGAAGAGCGUCCCCGAAGCGAUUUCGGUGGUUCUGUUCUUUGGUCUCAUGUGUUUUGUAGGAAUGAUGGAGGGCAUGCAAAUCGCUUUCUUUGCGGUUUUAAACUACCCAGAAGAACAAUUAGCUCAAUACAGGAUUGCUCAGAAAAAUUGCAAGCUGACGUUCCGUGGAGAGAACCUCCAGUCGUUCUUGAUUGGGAGGCAGAUUUGUGUGACAAUUUGUACAUUUAUUAUUGCACGCAUUACUACUUUGGAUGUCAAAGUUGGAACGGACGAGAAUAUUUUCGGCGUUUCGGAUGGAUUGCAAACCUUUUUCAACACAGGUCUGUUGGGUGCUGUCAUCACGACAAUAGUGUCGUCAUUGGCAUGGCGGAUAAUUGCAUCCUCAUUCCCACUCGCGUUCCUUUCAAAUCCGCUGGUGAAUAUCAUCAUUCGGAUAUGUCUGGUAUUCGAAGCUUCCGGCAUUUGUUCCUCGGCUUGGGUCCUUGCUAGAUUCCACAAGAUUAUUGCUAGAUACCGAACCGACGAGGUUUAUCUAGAAAAUGCCGAACCAAAUGCUUCGACAACCAUAUCUACGCGGGACAAAGAUAUAGACCGGUUUUCGACAGUGCUCCGAUUCACUAUUUCGUUGGCAUUGUUCCUCUUUUCGGUGAUUUUGAUCUCGGCUAGCAUCUUCACUGGCCAGACCCGCAUAAUCGCAGGCAAUGACGAUUGGCGGUAUUCUUUACUGGUGUACGUUGUCUUUUGGUUCCUAAUCAUUUGGCUGGCCAUGACGGAAGGAAGUCUGGGGUGUCUUAUGGGGCUGAAAACUGUUGAUAAAUUUAUGUAUAUGGUGUCUCAUCAAAAUACUUACGAAAAUACCGAGAUUGUCCACAAGGGAGACAACCUUCAACGUUUCAUUGUAGGGCGCCAAUUCCUAGUCCUGGCGGUAAUAUUUGUUUGCACAUGGCUGACAGAGCCCGUGGUAGAUGCAUCCGUCCUGGGUCUCCCGGAAAUUGUGAACAAGAUUUUCCUUUCAUCGGAUAUUGCAUUCAUUGUCAUUUUGAUUAUUGCUGGUCAGCUGACCUCUGAGGUAAACGCUGCAAAAUGCAUGCUGGACUUUGUCAACAACUGCUUCGUGCUGUAUUUUGUAACGUACCUGUCCCUGGCGAUCGAAUAUUCUGGGCUACUUCAUUCUGUCUACUUCUUUCAGAUUGCCUUGUCGAAAAUUUCAGGCAAAAAAAUCGAAUCCGAGGAACCCGAACGAUCGAUUCUACAGAAGAUAUUCUUUUGGGGUCGAAUUAUUUGUUCUAUCUUAGUUCUCGGAUUUUCCAUCGUUGUGACCGUGGUUUCAUUGGUAUACGGAGAAGCCACGUUGUUGUGGGGCUUGUCGGAUGCAUCAUUUUUUACAAUUAUUAUUGUGUUGAUGUGUGUCGUUGGAAUGAUGGAGGGAGUUCAGAUUGCUUUGUUCGGAAUGAGCAACAUUUCUGAGAGAGACCUCGCGUCUCACAAAAUGGCAUACAGGAACUACAAAUUGGCUUGUUCGGAACAAAACUUGCAGGCCUUCUUGAUAGGGCGCCAAAUCUGUGUAACCUGUUUCUUUGUUCUUAUUGCUCGGAUGUCGACCCUAAGCAUUGAUAUCAGUGUCGAUGACAACGUUUUUGGCGUUCCAGAUGGCGUGCAGAUGUUUUUCAAUUCCGGUGUGCCUGCAGCCCUGGUAACAACCAUCUUGGCUUCUCUGGUAUGGCGCUUGUUUGCAUCAUCAUUUCCGGUAACAUUCAUGUCAAAUCCGAUGAUAUACGGAAUCAUAUGGCUCUGUUUAAUAGUUGAUGCCUCGGGAAUCUGUUCUGCCUGCUGGAUGUUUGGAAGGUGGACAAAACGAGUGCUUGGUUACCAGCCCGACCCAGUCUACUUGGAAGAUGCACCGAAAGAAGGACCUAAGCCGGUAACCCGGCGAGACAAGGAUGUAGACGUGACAAGCACCGUAAUUCGUUACAUUCUCUCGAGUGCCCUUCUGUGCAUUGCAAUCUAUGUUACCGUGUCAUUGAUUUUCAUGAAACAAACAGAGUUGUCAUCAAAAACAAACCCAUGGUUUGUACUUAUUCUAUUUGGAUUCUUGCUGGCGUAUCUAGGAACGAUGGAAGGAGGCCAGGGUUGCCUCGUUGGAUUACAAAGAGUGGAAAACUACAAAUACGAGGACACCCACCGUGUGGCUCUCAAGAACACAAAAAUUUCUCACGACGGGAACAACAUGCAGCGGUUUAUUGUUGGUCGACAAUUCCUGGUGGUAUUGGUGGUUUUUGUAGUAAAUCUCUGUGGAUCACCUCUUCCUCACUCGGAAGUCUUCGGGCUACCAGAUUCUAUGAUGGCAAUCUUUGUGGAUUCAGGGGUUUCGCUUAUUCUGAUCACGGUCAUUCUUGGGCAGCUUCCAGCGCAAGUCAAUGCUGCGAGUUGUAUGCUUGACUUUAUCAACAGUUAUUUCAUGCUAUACUUCGUAACGUAUGUCUCGAUGGCAAUCGAAUUAUCGGGUUUGUUGCACUGUGUGUACCUAGUACAAAUGGUGUUUUCAAAUAUCAGCGGAACAGAAAUUCAGACAAACGAGCCCCCUCGGACUACCAUCCAAGCUUUGUUUUUCUUUGGACGUGUGGUUUUAUCUUUGGCUAUGUUAGCCUUCGCCUUCGCAGUGACCCUGACUGCAAUGUUUGGAGGAAAGACCACAUCAUGGGAAAGUGUGCCAAGCUUCGUCUCCGUAAUUAUCUUCUUUGUCCUAAUGUGUAUCGCAGGCAUGAUGGAAGGCAUGCAGAUUGCUCUUUUUGCCGUUGUCAACCUUCCCAAAGAAGAAGUGGCCCAAUACAAAAUGGCGAAGGCAUCGUGCCAAUUGGCGUUCAGGGGUAACAACUUACAGGCAUUUUUGAUUGGAAGACAGAUUUUCGUCACGCUCUGCACAUUUGUUAUAGCACGCCUCACAACUCUUGAUGUAAAGGUUGGUUCCGGUGAAAAUAUUUUUGGUGUACCGGAUACUCUCCAAGAAUUUCUCAACACGGGCCUUCUAGGGGCAGUCAUCACAACGGUGGUUGGGUCUUUGGCGUGGAGAAUCAUCGCUGCAUCGUUCCMUGUUGCCUUCCUCUCAAAUCCUUUGGUAUAUUUAAUCUUGCGUCUGUGCUUGGUACUUGAGGCUUCUGGUGUUUGCUCAGUUGCCUGGUUGGUGGCACUCAUCAACAAGCAAAUGUUCGGAUAUCAGCCUGACAAUUUGUAUCUUAAUAGUAGCAAGAGCCGCAAGGAAGAAGAUAUUGUCGAUCCCGACAAGUAUGCAACUCAACAGAGUUUGGAAAUCGAAGCAACUGAUUCCCUUGAGCAGAUGGAAUCUCAAGAAAUAGAUCUUUGACCGGUCAAAGCAUUUACUGGUCAUAAUAUCAGGAUGCGUUUUGUAUAGUAGGCACUGAUGGAUCAACAUUAAAUUGCAUUCAACUUAUGAAUACAGCCAUACUGUUUCCACAAAACUUACACCGUUUACCAUAGCAUUGAUUUGUAACAACAAUGUAUCAUAUUUUCAUACAUAUUUUUAAUAAACAGAAUUAUUUUUC